GGGAGAGAGAGAGAGAGAGAGAGAGAGAGAGACAGAGGGAGAUAUGGAGUUGGGUCUGAGCUUAGGUGAAGCUUCAAAGCCAUUUCCGUUUGUGGAGAAGGUAGCUCCAAGGAUGAACACCAGUCAAGGUUUAGGGUUUUGCAUGGGCUUAGGAGUUGUUAGGGUUAAUGGAAGGGAAGGAAACACUGAAGGUGAUGGAAGAGAAGGAGUUAGAGAUGAGGGAGAAAAAGAAAGAGAAAGAGUGAGAGAAGAGAGGAGGGUUUCUGCAGAUCCACCCUUUCAGCUUGAUCUUCUCCCUCCUGGUCCUGUUCCUCGUAACCCACCUUUGUCUACUGAGUUGGUGGUGUUUUCAUGGCCAACUGAAAACGGGAAUUCUGAAGCGGGUUCUUCUGGUUAUUUGGGCGUGCCGCCGGCGAGAGGGUUUGAUGUGAAUCUUUUGCCGUCGGCGGAUGAAGCCGAUGAUGGGGCUGCAGUUUCUUCUCCCAACAGCACUGUUUCGUCUUUCCAGAUGGAUUUUUCCGUGUUCAGAGGAGGUAGCAGCAGCAGCAAAAGAGACAACCCAGAAACCGCACUGGCUUGCAUGAACGAUGUUGAUGCGAAUGAAAGAGCUUCGUCGAGAGCAAGCGACGACGAAGAGAACGGCCUUACUCGGAAGAAACUCAGACUCUCUAAGGAACAGUCAGCCUUCCUGGAAGAAAGCUUCAAAGAACACAAUACUCUCAACCCUUCUCAAAUGCUGCAGAAACAAAAGCUUGCUCUUGCAAAACAACUUAAUCUUCGACCUCGUCAAGUAGAAGUUUGGUUUCAGAACAGAAGAGCCAGGACAAAGCUUAAGCAAACGGAAGUAGAUUGUGAGUAUCUCAAGAGGUACUGUGAGACACUGACGGAAGAGAACAGGCGACUACAGAAGGAGCUGCAAGAACUGAGAGCCUUGAAGACUUCUCAUCCCUUUUACAUGCAACUUCCGGCGACUACCCUGACCAUGUGCCCAUCAUGCGAACGAGUGGCCACUACUUCCACAACCCCCCAUUCCUCCGCCGCCGCUUCUGCCAUCACAACCACUACCACCACCACCAAAACCAACAGUACCACCACUACCACCACCGACGCAACUGCUACACAUACCAUCCCUUCUCCCCUGACCCCAACUCCCAAAACUACCUCUGCCUUAUCCCUCACAAAACCCAGGUUCUAUCCCUUCUCUCACGCUCAUGCCCACCCCUCCCCUGCUUCAUGAGCCCCCACCAAUCCUCCAUCCAUUCAACCAUACAUACAUAUAGGCAGUUUGAUGAUGUGGGUUUUUAGCCUCUUGGGUCUGAUGUGUAAAUACUUCGAAGUGGAUUUUUUUUUCUGAAUAGUUUUAGUUAAUGGGUUUGUCUUAUUCAGGAGAUAGAUGAUGAAGCUGGGUAUUUUUGAUACCUUCUUAGUUUUCGGUUUUUUUGGGGGAAAGAUUAGGUUUCAGUAACAGACGGACAGAGAGAAGAACUAGAUCAACAUAUACAACAGAGCCCUCUUUAUUUAUUUUUUUUCGAUUUUAAUCUUUCCUGCGUUUUGUAUUACAAGUUUGAACAGGAAAAAUUACAGGAAAUUCUUAUUAAUUUGUUU